CCCUAAAUUUUCCAGAAGCGAAAGGAAAAAUGAGGAAAAAAAGAAGAGUGAUAUGCCAAUAAACUUGGUAAUAACAAACACAUCCUCCAAUUAUCCUUUGGUCACUCCCCAUCACCUUAAAAAGUGAAAACAGGCAGCUUGGCCCUCCAUGUCUGAUCCGAUGACCGUCAUUUAGGGCAUAAAAAAAUAGGUGAAAGAACACAGAACCGAAAUUUGGGGAAAAGCCAGGGGCAUUUGCCAAAAUCCACCUGUUCACAUUCUUCUCCCUUUGAGAAUACAGCUUUCCUUUUUGAGCUGUAAUGCCUUGUUCCUUGGCUCACAAACACACAUAGGGAAAAACGCAGCAAGCUUGCUCUCUCCAACCAUCAUUUUCAUUUCUUCACUACACCCAAAAUGCAGACGAGAACGGUUCAAGUGGGCCACGUUUCAGAUCUAGCUGGAGAGCGAGAGAUUCAUGAGUUCUUCUCCUUUUCCGGCGACAUCGAACAUGUUGAGAUCCUCCGUGAUUCUGGGCAAUUGAGGACUGCUUUUGUGACAUUCAAAGACCCGAAAGCGCUAGAAAUCGCCCUAUUGUUAUCGGGAGCAACCAUAGUAGACCAAGUAGUGACUAUAACUCCUGUUGAAAAUUAUGUACCAACAGCUGAGAGGGAAGUAAGCAUCACAGAUGAUGCUGUUUGUCAGGUUCCUGAUGGAGAUGUUUCACCAAAUGCUGAGCAGGGUAAAGCUACCUCUCCUAACAAUGGAAGAGUUUAUGUUAAUAAAGCUCAGGAUGUUGUUACAAGUAUGUUGGCAAAGGGUUCAGCUAUUGGACAAGAUGCCAUGAACAAGGCUAAAGCAUUUGAUGAGAAGCAUCAAUUGACAGCCAGUGCAUCAGCAAAGGUUAUUUCCUUUGACAGGAGAGUUGGGCUUACUGAGAAAUUAACAGUUGGAAUUUCAGUUGUCAAUGAGAAAGUGAAGUCUGUGGAUCAAAGACUUCAUGUGUCGGAUAAAACGAUGGCUGCAUUGCUUGCAGCAGAGAGGAAAUUAAAUAACACAGGAUCAGCUGUCAAGACAAGCAGGUAUGUGACUGCUGGAACAACAUGGUUGAAUGGUGCUUUUACUAAGGUGGCAAAGGCUGGCCAGAUUGCAGGUACAAAAACUAGAGAAAAGUUUCAUUUGGCUGUUUCGAACUUGACUGCAAAGGAUCCUUCAAUUGUGGUUUAAACCAGAAACCCAGUGUACCAUAAACUCCUGGAUUACUCAUGAUGAAUGCAAUUAAUAACCACAAUGGAGUAAGCGAUAUGAAAUUCGAGCUAUGGGAUUGGGCAAAUUAUCGCCUUCUUUUGUUUGAUGUGCGUGGUUAGUUACAUGAUUCAUUUUGGUUUGUAGCCUUUUUUUUCUCCUAUAUUCUUCUUUGAUUCCAGAGGGUAUUCUGCCACCCACCCUGGGGUUUACCUGUAAUCUUCAGUUUAUAACAUUGGUUCUACACUAGAAAAAAAGAAUUAACAUUUAUAAUGAAUGGUAUUGUAUUGGUGUUCCAUUAGAAAGAAAUUAAAAUUUGUGAUGAUGGAAUGGUAUAA